AUGCUGACUGACCGCUCUCCCACCGUCCUGCGCGCUCCCACCUCGCUCCUCUCGCAGGCCAUGGCCCAAGUCCAGGCCGAGUCUGCCUCUGCCUCCCCUUCGUCCUCCCGCGCCCGCCAUGCGGCUUCGCUGAGCACGCCCUCGUUUCGACUCGAAAACCUGCCGCGCUUCCAUCCGGCCGUCUACCAGUCGACUACCGCCGGCAGCUCGACGGCCUCCUCGGCUGCGUUCGACUUUGACGGCACCGCUACCUCAUCUCACAUGUACUCGCAUCAUCCACAUCAUCCGCAGGCAUACCGGCCCUCCUCGGCGUCGGCAAUGAUAUCUUCGCCCGCAGCAUCUUCUUCGACGGCCUCUUCUUCCUCCCGAGAUGCUCUCCGGCAGUACCGCGAGUUAGUCGCCGGCAUGGCCCUCUCAGCUCGCGCUUCAGCUCAGUCCUCGACGUUUUCUAAACCGUCGAAACCACGGCUGGAACCGCUAGGGAGUCCGGGUCCGGUGACGCCCCUGGCCCUGGAGGAGGAAGGGGAAGGAUACCUCUCUGCCGGAGCGAUGGAUAUCCUGGCGGCAGAUGGCCAGGGCCACGCGGGCAUUCGAGAACGGACUGAGCUGCUAGAUCAGCUUAUCAUGCGAGAGCAGGACCGUCUGGCCUCGAGGAUCAAUUGA